GUCCCGGAUGUAGCCCGUUAGCUAACCCACAGUACGAAGGUCGUGCGGGGAGAAGAGCGCUAAGCUAACUUUACUAACGCUAACACCUCGCAGCCAGGAGAGUCAGAAACUCUCUAACUUCAUUAUAAGUAGUCAUAUCAUUUAAAAAUGCCGAGAGGAAGCCGCAGCCGAACAUCGAGGAUGGCUCCUCCGAGCUACUCCUCCCGGCCAGCACCGCCGCCUCCACCGGUGUCCAGAGCGGCUCCUCCACCAUCCUACACACCGGCUCCUGCACCUCCGUCUGCUGUGGCUCCUCCUGCGGCUGCAGCACCUAGACAGCCUGGGAUGUUCGCCCAGAUGGCCAGCACUGCGGCGGGCGUAGCGGUCGGCUCAGCUGUGGGACACACUAUAGGUCACGCCAUGACCGGCGGCUUCGGUGGCCAUGGAAGCUCAGAGGCUGCCAGGCCUGAUGUCACCUAUCAGGAACCCUACCAGCAGCAGCAGCCCAUGUACCAGCAGCAGCCUGUGUACCAGCAAGACCCGGCGCAGCAGAACCCCUGUGCCUACGAGCUGAAGCAGUUCAUCGAGUGUGCUCAGACACAGAGCGACCUCAAACUCUGCGAGGGAUUCAGCGAAGUGCUCAAACAAUGCAAAUUCUCUAACGGACUGUCGUGAGAUCGGAAUGACGAAAAGACGGAGAAGCACUCACUGCAUUCUACAUCCAGAAUAGAUUCAUCAGCUCAGCAGUUAAACAUCAUCUCUUCGGUGAAAGCAGAGGCACUGUAUAAUUGUACAAGACUUACGUUUAAUAUUUAUGUAUUUUGGUGAAUUGAGCUGCUUUAAUCCUGAUUCAUGAUAAAUAUUUCAGCUUUCCAUAGUUUCAAAAGGAUAUUGUGAUGUUAAUGACGUGCAUGUAACUUAGUUACUGGACAAAAACGCAAUAAACUGCUGUUUCAUCCUGA